AUUCCUGUUUCUUUUUUUUUAAUCUGUUAAACUCUUGAUGCCUUAAUUUGUGGGGUCCUUGAGAUAUUGUUCUUUAUCCUUUUUUAAUUUUGAAUAUAUGUAUAAAAGAAGAUGAUUACCGCAUUCAUCUGUGCGCUAUUACUUACUAAUUCGUUAAUCAGAGUUUCUAGUUAGUUAAUAGUAGUUACUAGAAUGUUAAUAUUGCGUUAUUCAUUUCUUCCUGUGUAGUUAAUCAUUAAUGACUUAUCCAUAUUCUAAAAUUUUACCACUAUCUUUAAUGAUGCACACAUCAUCAGCGGAGGAAUGCCAUUUCAGCAGCAGUCAGCGUUCAGUGAUAUCACCAUUGUUUUUCUUUAAGGAAAAACCUGUGAAUUACAUAGGCGUAAGUUUGUUUUGAAAAGUGUUAGACAAAUAUGAGGGUGCGGCAGAGCAAUGAGCAAGAUACAAAAUACGUUCACAACAGCCCUGUUGUAAGUAUACCCAUAUACAGUAUGCAGUAAGCUACAAUCAUAAAACAUUUUUAAAUAAAUAAAGAGCUCCACUGACCCACACCUCCAUUACAUUAAUCUACAUUAAAUGAAUUGUCAUAAUUCUUCAUGGAUUGUUCCAGCCAAUAUUUUUAAAAUUGCAAAUCAAUAUGCUCUUAAACGCUGCUUGUGUGUAUUCAGUCCCUUCAUACUUGAACCUGGUAGAAUCAACGUUAAUUAAAAACGACAGAUGUAAGUAUGUUGGGGUAAGUUCCUACAGGUUUUUCAGGUUGGCUGGAUGUAGUUUGUUGGCUGCAAUUUGCAAACACUGCCCCAGACUCUCAAUGGGAUUCAGAUCUGGACUUCGGCAUGGCCAAUGUAUAUAAUAUUCAACUUUUUGUUUUUAACCUCUCAUGCAUUGCUUUGGGCUUGUGUUUGAGUCCAAUUUUCUUGCUGAAAGGUGACAUUUCUUCUUUUCUUUAGCAGACUAAAGCAGGUUUUCUUGUAAUAUUCCCCUGUUUUGUGCUCCAUUCAUUCUCCCUUUAAUUUUCACAAGAAGCCCAGGUUCUGAGGAUGAAAUGUGUCCCCAGAGUAAGAUGAAAGACUUGUGAUGGAAAACAGACAAUGUACAGGCAGAGCCAGAAAGACCACCAGCAGACUGGGCAGGAUAAUUGGGAGUAAAAUCAAGAAUAAAACAUGCAACAAAAAGCAGCAAGAAUUGCUUUAAACAUGAAUAAGAAUUACCAGAUACAACUAGAAACCAUUCAUCAGGUAGAAACCAUUCACCAUUCAUCAGCCUCAGGAAUAAACAUGGGUGGAAUUAGCAAAAGAACAUGCACAGAAAGGCAGCAACUUUUGGAGAACUGUCUUAUUUUCAGAUGAAUCCAUAUUUAACUUGGAUGGAUCUGAUGGCAGAGUGUUUGUCUGGAGAAAGCCAGGAGAAACAUUCCAACCAAACUGCACUAAAGCUACAGAAGUGUUUUUCUACAGUGGUGUUGGUGAUCGUGUGUUCAUUGAUUGUAUCAUGAACUCAGAAGUGUACAGAGAUAUUUUGGAUACAAACCAACAGAAAUCAAUAAAUUAUCCAAGUGAUAAGUCAAUACUUCCCAGAACUCUGACCUGAACCCUAUAGAGCAUUUAUGGGAUGCAAUGGAGAAGAUAUUGUUGAUUGUCAAUAUGUCAUUGUGGAUGAACUGAAAGUUUUUUUGCUUGAAACUUCGAGGAAACCUCUACCACAACUGUUACAGAAACUGGUUGAUUCCAAGAACCAGACUUUGUCAAGAAGUUCUGAUAAAUAAAGAAUGGCAAACUAAAUACUAAAAUACAAUAAUUUUUUAUUUUUAAUGAAGCCACUAUUGAGUGUCCAAACGGUUUGUUUGGUCUAUAUUAUGACCAGUAUAUAUAUUAUUAUCUACAUUUUUAAACAUUUGGGAAAUGUUUUGCUUGAAAAGUGUGUUUGGAGUAUAUAUAUAUUUGUGAAAGGAAAAAUCCCUGCAAUCCUUGAGAGAAAUAUUGUCUCCAAUACCUUCUUCUCUGAGCUCAUCCUUGUGCAUGUAAUUUAACAAAACAAUCUGUAGCCUCUCCAGGAAUGAUUCCUAAUGUAUGAUAGUAGUCCGCUGUGAAUACGCUUUCCUAAUAUCCUGUAUUUUGCUACAUAAUACAUUUAAUUUAUCCCAAUACCUAGGACAUAGCAUUCAAAGUCAACUAUGCCUAUCAAGCUGCUUUAAUAUGAUGAGUAUUGUAAAAGCAAUCUAUAAAUAGAAAUUUAUAAAACUAUAUAGCUAGAAAUUAGUAGCAUUCUAUUGUAUUUCCUAUUCAGAUUUUUUUUUUGCCAUCCCACCCUCAUACACCACGUUUUACAACAAAGGUACACCCAUGUCUUUCACAAAUGUAUACUAAAGAGUGUAGAAAACAACUUAUUAGCAAAGGGUUUAGCAUUUACUGAAACUUGAAGGAGUUCAAUAUUGUCUUAAAUCGUUGUAAUGCUUUUUUGCUAAUUAACAUAUGUAACAUGACCAGAUGUCACCUCAGACUGUUUUUCACUUGCAGAACCUGCUCUGCACAUUUGCACAUAGUGAAACAAAACUAUCUGUUCUACACCCAUCUCAGGACUUCAAAUAAUUUCUUCCUAAAAAAAGCUACAAACGUUUUGUGUUAUUGUUCCAUUUCCAAGAUACAAGGUAAAAUGGGUUGGGUGUAGAACAGUCUACCGAGUACAAAUACUGACCACAAGCAGCAGUAACAACAAAAAUAACACAGACAUCGACUGAAGAAAUCAUGCUAACAGUCUAUAAUGGACUAAAUGUGGUAUAACUGAAAAUUUGUAUUGUUGGAUUAAACACUGGCAAACUUAUGCUGAAGAAACAUGGCGUCUAACGCAGACGUCACUACAACAAAAGACUUUGGUUCUGGAUCAGGAUCAGCACAGAAGGACUCAAGCCAGCUUAGACAUGGUCUCCUUUCGUUUUUGAAAACACUGGGACUUGAAAAGUACUACCCAAACAAACUGACUCUGAGGGCUUUACUGGAAAUCAACAGUGCCACUCUGUCUGAUGAAGAGAUAAACUCACUGCAAGCAAUACCAUGGGUCUUCCUAAGAAACUUACUGAUGGUUAAUUCGAAAUCAAGAUCCUUACUAUCUGCACUUUGUGAAAAAGAUGAAGCAGAUGACUUGUUUAGUGAUGAGGACAAUGAUGGUAGCUUUAACCUUCUAGAUCUUCACACUGCCCUCUUUUUCUGUGCAGAUAGUUUUCUCCAGCAAGAAAUGGCACUUAAAAUGUCAAUGUGCCAGUUUGCAAUACCAUUUGUGUUGCCUCAAGGAGUACAUAAUCGAAGCACUCUUAUGUUAUGGGCUCUUAGAUCUAUCUUAAAAGAAUGGCGUCCCCAUUCAAUGUCAGAAUCUAAAGGGUUUGUUGAAGACAGUGUUGCUCAUGCAGAAAUUCCCUUGAUAUCAUUUGCGAGGUUAAGCAACUGUAGCUUGUCCAAGUCACAGGUUUUGAACCAAGUGAUCAACAAUUCAGAGCAGCAUCAUGACUUCUUUUCUCACCGAGAAAUGAUCGGAGGAUCUGCUCCAAGGAUAAUCGCUAAUGGUAUGGUUGAAAUGUGUUGGACUCUGCCAUGUGGAAACAAGUGCAUUGAUGUCUUUCCUGAGGCAGUGGCUAUUGCUAAUUUAAGAGGAGAUGCUGGUUCUUUUGAAACACAAUUCCGUUUCCUUACUCAGGUGUCCACAGCUGUCUUUGUCUUCCUGGACAGUGUUGAAGAAAACGAACAAAGGUUGUUUGCCUCUUUACAAGAAAUGAAGUCCAAAAUCUUUCUUGUGGUCAACUCUCAGAGAAAUAUGAACCAGAAUGUGAAGUCAUCUAUUGAGGCGGUAAUUGAUACUCUGCAACUGGGAAGAGACCACAUAAUUAAGAAAAGCCCAAAAGUGAAUUUGGCUACUUUUGCAAAGACAAUCAAUUCUGCCAUUAAGAGUGUUCUGUUACGUGAAUGUCACACAUCAUGUCAAAUUGAGUCCAUGAAGAACACUGCUCAGGAAUUAGGUCUUGGCAUUGAUGAAAGUGAAAACAAAGCCUCCAUUUCAGCAGAAGAAAUGGCAGAGAAAGUCAUGCAAACUAUUGGAGUUCGUCAAAUAACGGACUAUAAAAAGACACAGUUGCCACUACAAGGUGAAAAUUGGAAAAGACUGGCUAAAAUAGAAAAAGAGCAAUGUCGACUAAAAAAUUCAGGAAAAAUGAGCCUGGAGAAAUAUAAGGUUCAACUUCAAAAUGAAAAAAAGGGAAUUUGGAAGAAACAAAACCAGUGUAAAAUGACAAGAACAAUGGAUGUGUUCAUAGAAGCUUUGUCGACCUCUGAUAACACUGAGCGAGCCUUCUUCCUGAAAUGGAUGGGACUAAAGAUGGAUAUGCGAUCACGCAAACACAUGUCAAGCCUUCGACACAAAUACAAAGAGUGUGAACAACAGAAAGACAAGGAUGCCAUAGCCCGAUUAGACCAGGAGCUUCUUGAUUGUUCUCUUGGCAUAGAGCACUACAUGAGAGAAAUGGGACAAAUCUAUGAGGCUGCUUCAUUUGGUUCAAACAAAAUAUCUGAACAAAGCAGCAGUCUUCCUACUCUGGCUGCCAAACUGCUUCUAGCUGGGUUUCCUCUUGAACUACUUGAUGGAGAUGCAUCAAAUAUCCCAGAGAAAUGGGUGAGUGAUGUUCUCAUGGAGCUUCACAGGAUGGUUGGCCAGAAGAGCCGUUUGCUGGUUAUCACUGUGUUAGGGGUUCAGAGUACGGGUAAAUCAACACUACUCAACACUAUGUUUGGAGUCCAGUUUGCAGUGGGCAGUGGUCGAUGCACACGUGGAGCAUUCAUGAUUUUCCUUCCUGUAGGUAAUGACUUGAAAGACGAGUUACUUUGUGACUUUAUUCUUCUGAUUGAUACAGAGGGUUUGAAAUCACCAGCACUGGCACAACUGGAAGACAGUUAUGAACAUGACAAUGAAUUGGCCACAUUUGUGAUUGGUCUGAGUGAUGUAACCAUCAUCAAUAUAGCGAUGGAGAAUUCCACAGAGAUGAAGGACGUCUUACAGAUAGCAGUUCAUGCUUUUUUACGGAUGACAGACCUUGGUAAAAAAACAGUUUGUCAUUUUGUUCACCAAAAUGUUGCUGGUGUAUCUGCAUAUAACAAAAACCUGACUGAACGAAAACAGCUCUUGGACCAACUGAAUGAGAUGACAACAAUUGCAGCUGCAAUGGAAAAGAAGCCUAACAUAAAAAAAUUCACAGAUGUCUUGGAUUAUGAUGUGGAAAAGAACAACUGGUAUAUACCAGGCCUAUGGCAUGGCACCCCACCAAUGGCACCAGUUAAUACAGGCUACAGUGUAGCUGUACUUGACUUCAAGAAGUCCCUCCUGGGUAUCCUUAAAGCAAAAAAGGAUGAAGAAACCUCUCAGAUCCCAGAGUUCCUGCAGUGGAUGAGUAGCGUGUGGAAGGCAGUGAAGUUUGAGAACUUUAUCUUUAGUUUCAGAAACAGUCUUGUGGCCCAUACCUAUGAUAACCUUUGUAAAGAGUUUUCUGAAUGGGAGUGGUCUUUCAGAAGACAUAUUCAAUCUUGGCUUUCAACUCAAAUAGUUCAACUAUCUAACAAUGAAAAAAAUGGUACAAAUGAGGUUGUUGAGCCACUUAUAGAGAAUGCACACAAAGAGAUUACCUCUCAAAAAAAGAUAAUUAAUGAAAAACUAAAUAACUACUACAAAAAGAAAGACCGACAUGUAUACUUGGUGGAAAAGUACAAAGCUGAUUUUGCUAAUAACAUAAGAUUUCUGGAGAUUGAAAUGAAGGAUGAAGUGAGAAAAAUAAUAGAUGCUGCUCUUGAGAUGAGAAGUAACAAGAAGAAAGUAGAAGACAUUCACAGAAAGCAAACUGCAACGAUUGAGUGCCAAGUCCUUAAACUCCUCCAAAUUUACAAAGAUCAAAAAGAUGAGGUGUCUGAUGAGCACCUUAAAGCUGAGUUUGAGAGAAUGUGGAAAACUGAGGUGGCAAACAUCACUGGUCUAAAAGAAAGGGAUGUUCCUUCGGAUGUUUUGAGACAACUGCAAGUAAGUUUAGUCAAUCGCAAUGUCAUGGAGUAUUUGGACAAAGUUCAUGAUUUGACACAGUAUGGGCGAGGAGAAUUCCAGGUCAAAGACAAGCAUGUAAAAUGGGAAAAGAAAAUACAAAGUUUCUUCACACAGCGUAGUGCAAAGCAAGAUUUAGAGAUUAUUGCAAAUGCUGUAAUUAAGUGCUGCGAUAAAAUCAUUCAGCAGCAUGCACAAGAAAAAUGUGACUACCAAAACACAUUUAUAAAAGACGUGCUAGAGGAAAUUGAUAAACAGCUCCAACAGGCAGGUUCAAAAAUCAAUACAAAAUUUGAACUUGACCUUAAAUUGCACAUUUGUGGCGUUGCUUCUCAGAAAUUCCUUGAGAUGCACAGGAAAUUUCUCACUGAGCAAGAUCCCGUUAAACAUUUGCAGAAAUUUAAGAGUCAGUAUCUCUCUGAUUUCAUUGAUUUGUACAGAAAGAGGGACCAGUGCCACAGGAAAGCACGAGACUUCACUCAGCUCUGUCUCAAGCCAGCAGUGACCGUGUACAUCGACCAGACCCUCGGACCUGACAUUGUUGAUGCAGUUCUGCUAAACAACCCAACUGAGUACAGUUCCCGAGUGCUGUUUCAGUACACAAUUCAAAAGGAUCUACUGGAAAAAUCCAACUUUGAUGAUUUUAAAAAGUACAUUUUGCAGUAUGAUGAUUAUGUUAAAGAUUGGAUAUACAAUCAUAUCAUAAAUUGCUUUUCCAAAGACAUAUCUCUGCAAAAUUUAAAAAUUAAGAAGUUGGACAUCAUAAUGAAGAAGAUCAUGAAAGCAAUGGAAACCUCUAAACUUGAAGACAAUGGCUCGCCUUUGCCCGAUAAUGCAGGAGGUACAACACGGUUGAUCCAGAACUUUUGCAAAUCUAUGAACUGUGUCAUCUCAAUAUCCAUGAACACAGUGGAAGGGGUCCUCUUUCAGAAUACCAACUGUUGUGCUCCAUUCACCAAAAGUCUCUAUGAAUGUGUAGAUGACAUGAAACUACAGCUAACAGAUGAAAUCUCCAGGUCAACUGAUAUAAAAGAGACACUAAACAAUGUGUCUGUGAAGCCCCAAAAUGAGCUCUUUAAGAAGGUGUUUGGAUGUGGGAGAAAGUGUCCCUUUUGCAAAACACCAUGUGAGGCAGGAGGAAAGACACAUCAACAACACCAUGCAGCUGUGCACAGACCAAAAGGACUUUGUGGUUUCCCUAAUGUAAAGACUAAUACUCUCUGUGAAGAGAUCUGUACAUCUAGUGUACAUGGGAAUGGAACGUUUCAAAGUCAAGAAACAAAUUUUGAACCUCAUCUCUGCAAAGACUACCAGAAAUUCUACCCAGACUGGCAUAUUGCACCUGACAUAUCUAUAGAAGCCUCAGAUUACUGGAAGUAUGUGAUGGUGACAUUCAGUAAACAAUUUGCUGAAAGUUAUAAAGCAGAGCCAGCUGUGUAUCCAGAAGAAUGGAAGAAAAUCACUAAAGAGCAGGCUCUUAUUAGUUUGAAGAAUAAUUUCAAUAUUAAAUGAGAAAAAAACUUCCAAAAAGUCACAAUAAAUGUAUUGGCAAUUGUGAACAAAAUGCAACUAAACAACUAAAGCAUGGGGGG